UGUACGAAAAGAAAGAACCAACCUUUCACCUUGAUCACAUUUGCUCAGUGAGAAGAAAUUGAGCUCUGUUCUCUGGUAAAGUUUCCAUCUUUAAGGUUUUGAAGAAGUUAAAGACCAAGCCUUUGCUCUAGUUUUGAUUCACAUUUGAUCAGUGAGAAGAAAUUGAGCCCUGUUUUGUGGUAAAGUUUGCAUCUUUAGGGUUUUGAAGAAGUUUGAUGACGGAAGCUGGAGCGGGUUUUGACCGGGUCCGGGCCGGGUUCAGGGGGCUAAUAGAGCUGGCGAAGAAGCUGGAAGGUGAAGAGUUGAAGCUGCGGCGUGAUUCGGAAGCGAAAGCGAUGGAGAUUGAAAAAGGUAAGAGCCAGCUGAACUUUCUUAAUUUAAAGAUUUGAGGAAAAGAAUAGAGAGAAGCGGAUAGAUGAGCUUGAGAAGAUGGUUAGGGUGAAUGAUGAUGUGAAGUUGAGAGAGGAGGAGUUUAGAGGAGAUGAUUGCGAAAUGUGAUGAGGAGGUGAGGUUGAAGAAGGGGAGGAUUAGUUUGAUUCAGAAAUCGAUGAUGGAAUGUUCGUAUACGUUGGAAGCGAGAGAGGGGAAGAUCAGGGAGAGUAUGGCUUUUGGUUUGGUAAAGAAGGCUAUGGAGGGGUGGUGUUGUAAAGUUGAGAUGAAGGAGAGGGAGCUAGAGGGGUGUGUGGCGAAACUCGAAUUUGAAAGAAGAAGAAGAAGUGGAGUGGAAAAUUGGGGAACUUGAGUUGAUUGAGAAGAGGGUCUGGAUGAUGUGGAGUUGAAAGUUAAGCAUUUUGAUGCAGUUGAAAAAUCGAUACAGGAAGGGAGACAGCAGUUGGAUGCACUGCAAAAGUCGGUGCGUGAGGGCGAAAAGAAUUUGGAUUCAGUUCAAAUGGCAGCAGAGGAGCAUGAGAAGCUUUUGGACUCGAUAGGCCAGGGACUUGAAAGGAAAGAGAGGGAACUCGAACAGCGGGCCAAUGAGCUUGAGUUUAAAAAGAGACAAUUUGAAUUGAGAGUUGAGGAAGUUAAUUCAAAGGAUAAGAGGGUCAAUGAACGCCUCAAUGAGGUUGAAUUGAAUGAAAUUUUUUUGGAAUCAUUUGGAGAAUCAAUACAAAAAGACAGAGAGCAUUUGGAUUUGGUCCAAAAGUUGGCAGCCGAGCGUGAAAAGCAGUUGGAUUCACUCCAAACAUCGGUGCAAGAUCGUGAAAACAAUUUGUUUUCACUUCAAAAAUCAGUACAAGAGCGUGAAAAAAAGUUGGAUUCACUAUCCGAUGGACUUCAAAGGAGAGAAAGGGAACUUGAAAAGCAGGCCAAAGAUCGAGCUUGAAUUGAAGCAGAGACAAUUUGGUAGAAGCUUACAGUUGGUCAUGAAUGAGCAAGUGGAAAAAAUUGACUUGACAGGUAGCCGAAUGUCAGCUGUUCUACAAGCAUCAUCAGACCCCGCAAAAUUGGUCUUGGAUGCAAUGCAAGGGUUUUAUCCGUCAAAUCUUACUGUGGAAAACAGAGAGUUUGAGUCACAUUAUCCUCAGGUGAGAGAAGAAGCAGUGAAAUUGGCAGCUGAUUGGAAAGAGAAGAUGGCAGUUACCGCUGAUAAUAGUUGGGAGGCUUUGGACUUUUUGCGGCUUAUCACUACGUAUGAAUUGACAAGUAUUUGUGAUUUGAGGGAGCUUCAAAGUCUUCUUGCUAUGGUUUCUCAGCCAGAACAAGCUGCUGAAUUAAGUAGGGCACUUGGUAUCACAUAUAAGGCACCUGCUUCGCACUUGAGUCAAAUCACAAGUGGCACACAAUGCUCUAUAUAUCUUUUGACGUGCAUUUCAAAUUCAAGAUUACCACACGCCAUCGUUGCUGUUUUUCUUAUUGUACUUGCAUAGGGACGAAUGUGGUUUCUUCCAUUGUCAAGAUUGAGCGAUCAGAAUCUUCGCUGGCCAGAAAUGAAGCAACUCUUUCUCCUCCAAAUAAAUAUUUACAGAAUGAAAGGAUUGUUUCUCUUCCUUCUAUUGUCAAGACUGAGGGACCCAAAUCUUUUGGGGCCUGAUCUGCAGCAACUAUAUCUUCACCAAAUAAUGCUGAGGGACCAGAAUCUUCGCUGGCUAGAAAUGAACCAACUCCUUCUCCUCCGAAUAAAUAUUUACAGAAUGAAAGGAUUGUUUCUCUUCCUUCCAUUGCCAAGACUGGGGGACCCAAAUCUUUUGGGGCUAGAUUUGCAGCAACUCUUUCUUCACCAAAUAAUGCUGAGGGACCAGAAUCUUCUCUCACUAGAAUUGCAGCAACUCUUUCUUCACCGAAUAAUGCUUUACAGGAAAAUCUGUUGGUCACUCUUAAAUCAUCAUCAGACCCUGCAAAACUUUUGUUGGAUUCAAUGCAAGGGUCUCUUACGUAUUACUGGAGAAAUGGAGAUGUUAGUUCCAAAGAAAAGGUUGUAUCUGGUAACAUUACUCUAUUGAAGAUUCUAAUGGGACUGUCAACACAUGUUGGACCUCAUCUGAAAGAAAAUGCAACAAAUCUAGCAUCCCAGUGGAAAGAAAAGUUGAGAGGUGAUACUGAAAAUUCAUUGGAGAGUUUGGGGUAUUUGUUUAUAGCUAUGUAUGAAUUGCUUGGAACCUUACAUGAAGAUGAGAUUGUAAUGCUUCUUAGAAGGGUUUCGCAGCAUAAACAGUCUCUAGAGUUAUGUCAGACACAUGGUUUUGCAGAUUAUAUCCCUGAUUUUAUACGGAAGCUUAUUGAAAAGAAGUCACUGAUGGAGGCUGUUAGAUCUAUUUGUGCCUUCAAAUUAUUUGACAAGCUCCCCCCAGUGCCACUCUUAAAAGAAUAUGUGGAUGAUGUAAUGAUGUGUUCCAAACUAAUUUGUGGGUCACAGAUGAUACCUGAUGAAAAGGAUAAGGCUCUGAAUGGUAAAAUAGCUGAUCUAAGAGCUGCCAUUCAAUGCAUCAAAGAUUACGACCUCGAGUCUGAAUACCCAUCCAAGACUGUUGAAUUGCAAAUAGUUCAGCUUGAAAUGCUGAAGGAAAAAUGGAGCAGUUUGGCGCCAUCUCUAGUACCCAAAGUUGAACAAGAAGAGAGAGAAAGGAAGAAGCCUUGUACUAGCUCUUCUGCCCCAAAGUUACAACCAGGUAAGGUGCCGAAAAUAAAGUUCGUCUUCAGUGGUUCGAGACCUUAAUGUGAAGCUCCACUCGUCCGAACUACGAAGGAACGGUUUACAUUGUAAUCCGGGGAUAUACCCUUUCCCUCUGCAAAUUGGUGAAUAUAGUCUACGUACCAUGCACUCCUAAUUGCAUUCAUGUCACAGCUUUUAGCAAAAGCUCAUGUAUUUUGACGGAACUGUUGGUAGAAACUAGAAGGUCACCCUUGACAUAGGUGAAAUAUGUAUGUUGUGGUGCUUGAAAUGGUAUCCAUUGUUA